UCUCUGUCUGUUUGAUUUGGGGGAAGUGCUUAGUCAACCCCACAGGCUUUAAAACCAACAGGGGUUUACUGCCUGUGUUUAUGUGGGUCACAGGACAGGGAGUGGACAGAGGUAAAUUGAGUCCAGCCAGCCAGGGAGGGACAAUGAGCUCUCUCUCAUCGCUGUGGCUGUACGCGGCCCUGCCAGGUCUGCUGUUGGCCUCGCACGUCAGUCUGAUGGUGGAGGGGGACAAUGACGCCUCCAGGAUCUGCAAAUCCGCCCCCAAGUGGACAAUAAAGGGACAAUCACCCAUGCAAGAGCUGCUGGGAAAUGUGGUUGUGGUGGCGCUGCUAAAGGCCAGCUGACAGUUCUGUCUCACUCAGGCCUCCAAGAUUGGAGGCCUGCGUGACAAGCUGAACCGCAGCAACCUGACAGAGGUGUCUUUUAUGAUAGUAAAUGAGCGCGACGCUCAGUCCAGAGCCAUGUACUGGGAGCUGAAGAGAAGAGCGCCUCCUGGUGUCCCCGUCUACCAGCAGACUCCCCUUCAAGAUGACGUGUGGGAGGCUCUGGAUGGCGACAAAGAUGACUUCCUGAUCUAUGAUAGGUGUGGUCUGCUCACCUUCCACAUAGUGCUGCCUUACAGUUUCCUGCAUUACGUCUACGUAGAGGCUGCAAUCAGAGCCACUUAUCAGAAAAACAUCUGCAAUUGUACUGCUAAUUCUACUUUAUCAAGUGGCAGGAAUGAGACAACUACAAGUCAACUGGACACUGAUGAGCCAGAGGUGGUAGAGCUAGCUCCUGGGACGACCCAUCAUCACAGCCAUCAUCAUCAUCCUCAUGGUUCUCAUCAACACCAACACCAUAAUACUAGUCAUCAUAACCAGUCCCAACAUCAGCGUGAGACAAGGCGGAAUAAAACUGUUCAUCCUCACGAUCACGAUCACCAUCCCCAUCACCAUCCUCAGCAUCAUCCCUCUCAUCAUCAUCAUCAUCAUCCUCAGCAGCAGCAGUCUGGCAACCACAGUCAUCAUGGCGGGACGGAUAAUUAGGAUGCCAGUUACAUUACGAGUGUUUUUACUUGCUUCUCUCUUCUUAUUUAGUAUUUUACUUUUGGUGAAAUGUUUUUACUUUGACAGCAGAACAUACACAGCAGCACGCUGAGCGGUGGAAUCUGUUUAAACAGUAAUCAGAUUUGGGGUUUCUCUGCCAGCAUCUCCACACCUCCGUCCUCUGUGUGGAUAACGUAGCCAGUGCCACCCUGUCUCCUCCCAUUAAUGAAGUCUACGGUGUAAAACCUGCCUGCAGGAGCCUGUAGACGGAUGUGUGCGGAGAGGUCGGAUGUGCUGACGGUUACUGUCAGACCAGACAGAGUCGGAGGAUGUUGAGCACUGCUGGUGAGCAAACCUCAGUCACGUUACUGUCCAAACAUUUUUCCUUCCGGUUCAGUUUCUGCUUCUGUCAAUCUCGUGCAGGAUCUGGGAGUGAUAUGCUGUGCUACUACAUCACUAUAACAAGAGUUUCAAGUGCUGGCCUGUAUUCAUUAGAAUGUGUGCAAGCAUUUUGGGGUAUUAAUAUACUAAUCCAAAUAAAUCAUGAUGAGAUAUUAUUAAUCACAC